AUGGACGAAAGAAUGACCACCAUCCAGGCAUCCGUGAUCGACGGUAUUGCUCUGACGCCUCGGUUCCGGGAACGCAACUUGACUGCACUUCACAGCGCGCUCCAAGACGUCCGCGCUGAGUUGGUCGAGGAAAUCAAGCAGCAGGGAGCCACAAAUGAGGAAGCAAUGUUCCAGUAUCUCUUGACCUUGAAUGCACUCAAGGAGUUUCACAGCACGGUUCACCCGCAGGCGUGCCAGGAGGCAGAGUACCGCGUGGCCCGAUCGCAAGACCACCCCGACCAACGACGACCAUAUGGGUAUGCGUAUAUCGUACCGGCGCACGUCGACGAGCUUUAUUCGACAGUUGUCGCGGUCGCAGCGGCACUAGCUGCCGGCAAUUGCAUCCUUGUUCAGCGGCGCUCCGAGUCCACACGCUUGCUGCAGAUACUCGAGAAGCUCUUGACUGGCGCGCUAUCGCCAGAGGUGUUCGUCUUUGCAUCCAAAGAUCCGUUUGAUACGAUAUUCCAGCAGCGCCAUAGAUCCGUAUUGCAAGGAGCUCCUGCUUCAGAUCUCAAGGGGGGAUCCCCGCCCGUGGAUGGACAGGUGGCUGUUGUUGUCAAUCGAACGGCAGAUUUGCGGGCUGCGGCACGAGACUGUGUACACGCUCGAUUUGCGUUUGGUGGCACGUCGGCGUAUGCUCCGGAUGUCGUGCUCGUCAAUGACUUUUGUGUCGAUGAAUUCGCUUCAGCAGUCGCGGAAGCCGCCUUGUCGUACCUGACCGGUCCUGCACACCACAACAAUUCAGACCCUCGACCUCAGAAGCAAGUUCAGGAACCGCCAACAGAUUUGAAAGAGAUCCUCAAGACUAGUGGUACAAUUCUUGCCGCUGGACACGGUGGUCAAGUGGUGUUGCUUCGUCAACGUAACAGCAAGUUGUUGUCUCACAAGGUGGACUCUCCGGUCCUGGUCAUCCUCCCCAUCACCAGCGUCGACGACGCCAUAGACUGGCUCAAUAGUUCCCCGUCGCCACUGGCAGCAACAUACAUCUAUUCCACCCCUGCAUUUGCGAAGUACGUCAGUCAAUUCGCCCGAUCCUAUCUAUCCUUGGUGAAUCACAUACCACCAGAGUUGCUGGUUGGUCCACGCGCCCCUUCCGCGAUUACCACCUCGGUGCACCCGCGCUACACACCCGAGAUGUUCUCAGUUGUCUCGCCCACCCUUAUUGAGCAUCCUCCGCAUCUACAAGGACUAGACCGGGCCAUCUGGUCUGAUGCAGCCGGUGGAAAUCGCAAGAAGCUACAAGAUCUUUUAGAAACGAGAUUGACGCCGGUGAAGGAGCCCUUUGGACCCGCUGUCGGCUUCUUCGAGCAAGGGUUUUUGGUGGGAGCAAGCCUAGUUUUGUCAAGUACGAUCGCUUGCGGUGUACUGUCUAUCAAGUACGGAUAUCCAGCUCUCAUGGCCAGACUUGCGAGGUAG